AUGGACGACGCGCUGAUCGGCGACUGGUCGGCGGACGCGUGCCGCACGGUCGCGGCGCAGCUCACCGCGGCGCACGACCUCGGAACGCACCGCGAUGCAGUGGUCGAGACGAUGGUCGCGAUGCACCUCGCCGCGUACGCACAAGGCGAGCGGUGCGCACAUUUGCACGGCCGUGCGUUUUCGCGGUCGCCGCAGCAGCUCCUCGCGCAGAUCCAUAGCUUCGGCGCGAUCCUCAGCGCGCAGCGCGAGGCGCUCGAGGACCAGCAGCGGUUUCGGCUCGUGGGUCUCGACCGCCUGGCGGAUACCGUGACCGAAGUCGAGGCGCUCCAAGCGUCGCUCGGCUCGAAGCGCCAGCGCCUCGAGCAGAUGAACGCAGAGGCCAACGAGCGCCUGCAGCGCAUGGUGCACAACCAGCAGGCGGCCGAGUCGCAGCGCGAGGCGUCGCUUGCCCUGCGCGCCUCGCUCCAGGAGCAGGAGGCCGACGUCGCACACCAGCGCGACGCGGUCCUGCAGCAGCUCGCCGAGGCCGAGCCUGCGGUGCUCGAGGCCCAGGCGGCCGUGAGCAACAUCAAGAAGCCGCACCUGACCGAAGUGCGCUCGAUGGCGAAUCCCCCUGCGGCAGUCAAGAGCACGAUGGAGUCGGUGUGUAUUCUGCUCGGCCACCACAUUGACGGCUGGAAAUCGGUGCAAGGCAUCUUGCGGCGCGACGACUUUAUCGCGAGCGUCGUGCGCCUCGACACCGAGCAGGCGCUCUCGCGCAGCACCUGCGAACGUUUGCGGCGCGAUUACUUGAGCCGCGACGAGUACAAUUACGACACGAUUCAGCACGCAAGCAAGGCGUGCGGGCCGCUGGCGCUGUGGGUCAUGGCCCAGGUGCACUAUGCCGAGAUCCUCGAGCGCGUCGCACCGCUGCGUGCGCAGGUCGCAUCGGUCGAAUCGCGCGCGAGCGAGACGAAAGAGAAUGCGGCCGCCGCCGCCGCCGCUGUCGCGCAGCUCGAGGAGAGCAUUGCGGCGUACAAGGCCGAGUACGCGACGCUCAUUAGCGAGAUUCAGGCGAUGAAGAGCGAGAUGGAGCGCGUCGGCCAACGUGUCGAGCGCUCUGUGCGCCUCCUUGCCGGCCUCGAGGCGGAAAAGGCGCGCUGGGAGACGGGGCGUGCCGAGUUUGACGCACACGUCCAGACGCUCGUCGGCGACGUGCUCCUGUGCUCUGCGCUGAUUGCCUAUGCGGGCUACUUUGACCAGGCGAUGCGCGAGACGCUCUGGGAGGAGUGGCAGCGUAUGCUGCGCGACGGCGGCAUCCCACACCGCCCGGCGCUCAGCGUGCGCGACAUGCUCGUCUCGGCAGAUACCCAGGCCGCGUGGAUCGCACACGGUCUACCCAGCGACGCGUUGGCGAUGGACAAUGCCGUGAUUAUGGAGCACUGCACGCGGUACCCCUUGCUGAUCGACCCGACGGGCGAUGCAGGCACCUACCUCGAGCGCCGCUUUCGCGACGAGAAGCUCGCGUCGGCAAGUUGUCUGGAUGCGGGCUUUGUCAAGGUGCUCGAGAGCGCCUUGCGUUUCGGCACGCCGCUCCUCUUGACGGAUGCCGAGCACCUCGACCCCGUCCUCUUGCCGGUGCUCAAGCAGGAGCGUCGGCGGACGGGCGGCCGUGUGCUCGUGCGUGUCGCGCAGCAGGACGUCGACUGUGCGCCGACCUUUCGCCUGUUUCUCACGACGCGCGAUGCAAAUAUUGCGCUGCCGCCGCACCUCUUUUGCCGCGUGCAGAUGGUCAACUUUACCACGACACGCAAGAGCCUACAGAGCCAGGCGCUCCAGCGUAUUCUCCACGCGGAACGCCCCGACGUCGAGGCGCAGCGGACGGACGUCGCACGCGCCCAAGGCGAGUUCCAGCGGCGUCUGCAGCACCUCGAACGUGCGCUCCUUGCGGCACUCAACGAUGCCCAAGGCAACUUGCUCGAGAGCGACACCAUCGUCGCCACGCUCGAGACGCUCAAAGGCGAGGCGGAGGAAGUGCAGGCCAAGGCUGCGGGUAUCGAGCAGGUCGCGAGCCAUGUGCAGCACGUCACGCAAGUCUACGAGCCGCUUGCCGAGGCGGCGAGUGCCGUGUACUUUGUGCUGCAGGACAUGCAGGUGCUGCAGCCCUACUACCAGUGGGACCUCGGCUUCUUCUGGGCGCUCUUUGACCAGGUGCUUGCGAAAGCGCACGGUGACGCGCCCGAUGCGCGCCUCGCCCAGCUCCACGAGACGCUCUUCCAGGACGUGUACCGCGCAACAGCACCGUCGCUGCUCCAUGAAGACCACCUCGUGCUCGCCGCGCGCCUGUGCCAGGUCAAGAGCGACGACACGGAGCUCGAGGUGCUCCUGCAGCCGGCGCUCGGCGAUGCGCCGUGCGUGCGCCGCAUCGACCUCGACCGCACGCAGCACAAAGAAGCAUGGGACGCAUACAGCGCGCUGCCCGCACCGGAAGCCGACGCCGCGCCGCUCGACGAAGGCGCGGUGCGCCGCGCGAUUGCCGUGCGCAUCGUGCGGCCCGACCGCGCGGUGCCGGCUAUUUCGCGCGGACUCCAAGAGAUCCUCGGCGCGCCUCUGCUGGAGGAAGACGCGCCGAGCCUCGCGAGUCUUGCAACAGGCACGCACGCACACACCCCGCUUCUCCUUUGCAGCAUGCCCGGCCACGACGCGAGCGGGCGUGUCGAGGCGCUGGCCGCGGCCGAGCGUGUGUCGUGCGCCGAAGUGGCGCUCGGUGCGCCCGAAGCCACCGCGGCUGCGGACCGGGCCCUGGCGACCGCGGCGCGCACCGGGCAGUGGGUGCUCGUAAAGAACGCGCACCUCGCGCUCGCGUGGCUUGCGCAGCUCGUGCCGCGCCUCACUGCGCUGCACCCUCAUGCGUCGACGCGUGUGUUUGUGACGUGCGAGCUGAGUACGCGCCUGCCGCCUGCCGCGCUGCGGCAUGCCCAUGUGCUGAUCCACGAGCCGCCUGCCGGGGUCAAGUCGGCGCUGGUCGCGUGCCUGCGUAUGCUAGCGCAGCGCACGCAGCCGGCGGGGCCGCAGGAACGCACGCGUCUCUACUUCCUCGUGAGCUAUCUACAUGCGGUCGCAGUCGAGCGCCGCAGGUACGUCCCGCUCGGAUGGACGUCUACGUACGAGUUCCACGACGCCGACUUUUUGGCGGCGCUCGACGUGGUGGAUACGUGGACCGCGCAUGCGGCCGGCACGAAAGCGCACCUCGACCCUGCACACCUGCCGUGGGACGCAGUGCGUACGCUCCUCAAAGAGUACGUGUACGGCGCCAAGCUCGACCACGCACCAGACCGCGCGAUGCUCGACGCGCUCGUCGACCGCCUGUUUGUCCCUGCGGCGUUUGACGACGGAUUCGUGCUUGCGCCGGACGACAGCGUGCCGUUGGCCGCGCCGGACGGGACGCGUGUCGAGCAGUUUGUCGCGUGGGCCCAGGCGCUGAUGGAGCCGCAGCCCGUCGAGUGGCUGCUGCUCGCGCCUGCGGCCGAGCGCAGCGUCGCGGCGGCGCGUGCGCAGUCGGCCCUCGGCCGCCUCGCCGCGCUGCACCAGGACCAGCGCGAGACGGCCGAGGCGCCGCUCGCCGAGUUUUCCGCGGCGGCCGCGCGGGCGGCCGAGUGGCUCGGCGUGCUCCCUGUGGAUGUCGGCCACGGGCGCCCCGAGGACGAAGGACUGGGCUUCUUUUGGCACCGCGAGCAGUCGCUCGGUGCGGCUCUCUUGCACACUGUCCGCACGCAGCUCCAAGCCGUCUGCGACGCGGUCGACGGUGGAAAGCGCACGAACGAGGCCGCAGCAUGCGUCCAGUGCAUUGCCCAGGACCGCAUCCCGGCGGCGUGGCAGACGUACGCGACGCCGCGCGGCAUGGGCCUCGGUGCGUGGAUCGUGGACCUAGCUGCGCGCCUGGCACAGGCUGGCACACCCCCUCCCCGUGUCGCGCUGCACCAUCUCUUUUCCGCGUCGGCGUACCUCACGGCGACGCGCCAGGCGGCGGCGCGUGCGAUGCAGACGAGUCUCGAGCAGCUGCAGCUCGUGGUGCAGCUCGGGCCGCGCAGCGCACCUGGCGUCUAUCCGAUCCAAGACCUCUUGCUGGACGGAGCCGUGUACGAGCCUGUGGGCUUUGACCUGAAUAGCGGCGAGACGAGCGUCGUGUCGCGCUGUGCCCUGCGCUGGGCGCCUGCGGAAGAGGGCGGCGUGCUCCUGCCCGUGUACCUCUACGCGGACCGCGCCGCACUGCUGCUGCACACGCCCGUGCCCAUCUCGCCGUCAUUUGAUGUAUCGCUAGCGACGCUGCGUGCCGUCGCACUGCGUGCAGCGUAA